AUGGCAUACGAUAGGGCAAGAAGGUUUCCGAAAUUAAUCACCCAAACACCGCCCACAAUUGGGCCAGGAACGUACGACGUAUCGGAGUUGCCACAACCUAAAAGACAUCUCGGUAAAACAGGCGGCGUCAGCAUCGAUUUUACGGAAGUCAGGUUCAAGGAUAAGAUACCCGAAGGUCCAGGCCCGGUAGACUAUGACGUGGCCACCGAUUUACUUAAACCACAAAAAAUAAGAUCUCAUCCAGGUACCUGGAGAGGUCCUGCUGGAAAGGAGACAAAUACCACGACGUUGAUGUACAAAGGUAACUUUUGGAGCAGGAUGACAGGAAGAACCGAGCCGAGACCUUUCUUGACUCCAGGCCCUGGAGAUUACGAACACGAAACGAAGAUGACAGCCACUCAGGUGCACGACGAGACAAAUUUUCCAGCUCCCAAUAGCUACGACGUGAAAGGCAAUUUCGAUAAAUACCACAGUGUCCCGUGCAAGUGCGACCCGUAUGCUUUAGAACCAGUCCCUUUUGGGCAAACUUCUAAGAGAUUCGAUUACGGGUCGCAACCUGACGUACCUGGCCCAGGUAUGUACGAUCCCCGGGUCCAGGUGAAGUGUACAGGCUCCAUUUACCAAGCACCUUUUGGUACCUGUGCUAGUCGGUUUAGAAAGGUUUCCGAAGACACGGGACCAGGCCCCAGCGAUUACCAUUUGAACGUCGGUAACUUGGCUUACGAGUCACAGGAGCGAUACAGGUACACCUGUACGAGGCCAGUGCAGCCUGAAGUGUACCUCGAUGAAAUUUCCAUGUACAAAGAGGGAGAUUACGAAUCCGAAUGUUCGGAGGAAGAAAUGGAAGAACAGAGGAGCAACGUGUACCACGCUGCUUUUAGAUCUAGGACAGAGAGGUUCCCCAGAAUCGGAAAGACGGCUCCCGAUCCUGGAGCUUACGAGGUCUUAACGGCUUUCAAGGCAAAUCGUGAUAAAUGCGACUUCCUUUGCCCCCGAAUGGCUGCUCCCUUCGGGACGAGGAGCGUUCGACGGCUACAGAUUGCGCGCGACGACAAGGACUUGCCAGAUCCGACCUACUACGACGUGUCCGGCGACAUAUCGGAGAACGCGAAGGGUGGUGUGAUACCUCGAUCCCGACCGAUAGAUGACACACCGGUCACCCCGGCACCGGAUCGCUAUUGCAUUCACCCCUAUCUCUCGUCGUCGGUGGUGAAGAAAUCGUUCAAUGUCUCCCUGGGCAAACCGAAGGCUAUCGCGGAGUUGGAGGAACAGGAAAAACAAAAUAAGGGAGCUCGUUGUCCGUGCACGAGGAAGAAACUUCGCUGGUUCAGUCCAUCCGUACAGGAAUACAAGUGUCACACGUUUUCCAUCUGA